UCAAACUUCUGUGCAGUGUUCACCAAGUACAAUCCAUUUACCAAGAAACUGAUUUUAUGGAAACCUGAAUCACUAUGGCAUUGAACGCUGAUGACCUGAUGAGCUCUUACCGGCCGUACAGUCAUCACUGGCUAGACACUGCCAUCCAGGAAACAUUAUUACCAGGAUCACCAUGGCAUCAGAUCUAUGAUAGGUUAAGCCAGGUCCUCGCCAAGAGGAUCCAACCAGAGUUGACUGAUAGAGAUAAAAGAGCAGCCAUCUUUGAUAUGCUUGGGUCAGGAUUCCUUCAGAAGUACCUCAGCAAAUGGAUGUGGGACAAACCCACAAAGGACCGUGAAAGCUGCAGUCCUGAAGAAAGGAAAUUAAUCCUGCAGGCAACCCAGCUUCUGCUGAAAGAGAAACUAGACCAAGCAGCUACAGACUGUGGUUACCUGGUAUCCAAGAAUAAGACGGGUGACAGUUCCUCUCUCACCCUAUCAUCACCAUCUCCAGCACCAGUGCAGGUACCAGAAGAAGUGAUCGAUACCAUUUCCCACAUGGAUGCCGUUUUCAGAGCAGGAAUGCACAGAUACCUUAUGCAAGAAGGAAUGACUCUUCCUCCUAGCUCCAGCUCCGAUCCAUCUCACCCAACCAUCAAGUCCCAGCUGACCAAUCUUCAUGAUGUCAAACCUAGUCUCAAUCACAGGGAAAUCUCUCCUUUAUCCACCCCACCAUCCAAUUUAACCAAUAACCAUGACAAAGGCUCCACACCCACCACCACUGUCCCGAAUUGUUGGGGUCAGACAAGUGACCUUCUUGGAAAGUCACUUUGUGCUAUCCUUCGUCGUGACCCUAGUCGCCUGGAUGAGGUAUGCAGGAGGUUGAUGGGUAGACAGCUACCAGGCAGUCUGAGGCAUAAGAUCUGGAAUGAGAUUAUGCUUAGGAAUUACAAAGAUACACAUCAAGGAGAGAAAAGCUCAGAAUGGUUUUUGAGACAAAACUUUGCUAAAACAGUGAUGAGAGGCAAGGCAGAGCUUGGUAUUACCAUGACAACCAACUCAUCAAUUAAUGGUCUGCUAGAGACAGCAAUACAGGAGAAAUAUAGUAACACACCAUGUUUGUUGAAGCAUAGGGGACAGACAAUCCCCAAGCAUGCCAGGGAAGCCCUCAACAUUUUAUAUGUGUUUGAUAGAAGCUACCAACCUUACUUUAUCCAUUGGCUCUAUCCACUUCAUCUGGCCCUCAUAGAGAAAACUCAAGGAGAUACACAAGAUGCUGAAGACCUUCCCUAUGAACUAGCUCUUCAGCUGCAUCUGCUUCGGAGCUACACCUUCCCUCGUUGGUCGGAAAUCUUGACUGUGGCACAAGAUGUGAUGCAGGUCUUAGAGAAAGAAGAUCCAGAUUUCUUCAACCAUCUUGUAAAGUGCAGCAAAACCAACGUCAAGCUUGACCCUAAGGAUUUCUUUGUGCACCAGAUACAGCAAGAGCAACACAAAGCAUCAUCUCUAACAACUCAAGUCCAGCAUGAUCCUGCUGCUAUGGCAACAGGAAGUAGGGAAGAGAGGGAGAUGCUAGCAAGUCCUCUCAUGUUUCUCAGGAAAUGGCUUGGAGAGGGUUUUGUUGGUGUAUGCGACACUCAGACUACUCUCUUUAUCUGGGACCAGUGUUUUAUGAGUGGAUGGAAUCAUCAAGUCCUCUCCAGACUCUGUCUCUCACUCCUUCUGCUGCUCAGAAAAAACUUCAUGGAUACAGCACAGGACUACCAUGUCAUGAAACAGAUAUUUGUCAGUGAGCCCUGCAAGCUGUACACCAAGGACAUACAAAAAGCCUUCCAACAUCUAGAGCAUGAGGGUAAUUUGACUAGUGUUCCUACUAUGAACAGACGUCCAGUGACCAAACCUGAGAGAAAACCUUCUAGUCCACCUGUGACAUUUGACCCAUCUCACUAUGCACACCUUAUCCAUAGCAUUCCUAUUAACAUUACUAAUAAACCACAAGGGACUGCCCUUCCAUUAGCCAAAGCCACUCCUCCUUCCAUGGUCUCUCCGACUUCCCAAGCCCCUCCUGUAUCUAUAGCUCCUCCUACUUCAGUAGCCCCUCCUCCAUCCAUAGCCACACAGUCCAAAGUAUCCCUUCCUAUUACAAAGCCACACCCCUUGUCCCAAGCCUCACAAGAGGGAAGUCAGAGACAUAUACCAAGUAUCAGUUCAAGUCAUCGAGAGACUGAACCUUCUGGGGAUCAAGUUGAGGGUUCUGAAACCAGUCUUCAACAUAAAAGAAAAGAUGAUUCCCCAGGUCUCCCGUCCUCCUCACCACUGAUCGAGGAAGAACCGGUCUGGGUACCCUUUGACACCAUGAAGUCAGCAGACCUACCAGAAGCACCUACUCUGAAGGAAGGCUUUGAUCUCUACAUAGAUGCUGUACGUUUCCUGCCAGACAAUGCUACCAUAGUCAAGGUUACAGUCACUGGAAGAUUCACGACUGAACACGAGGGUAUGCCCUUUGACAUUAAGGCCCUGCCUGACCUGACCUCUCUUGGUCGAUGUCCAAAGUUCACCUGGAGGGUAAAAAUUGCUAAAGGAAUAUUAGACCAGCUUGUUGAGAUACGAGUCUGGACUGUGGAUAGAUAUACCCAUCAGGUGGUUGUUCUGGGAGUCUAUCUUCUGAAGGUCUACAAUGACAAGACCAAAAAGCUAAACAUUGGAGGUCAUCAGAUGCGUCUUAGAUCAGGGUAUCCAGCAUCCCGCCCUCCUAUCCUACCGAGAUCUCUGGAUCAUUUACCAUCAAUUCCAGGCUCCUCUAUCCUUCUCAGAUUACUACCAUGUUCUGAGGAAUUCAUAGAUCCAUUACCCUACAUCAGUGGGUACUAUCAGUCUGAUCUUAGCAAACCAACAGAAUCAGAGAUCAAUGUGAUUGAACAUUACAAGGCAAAGCAGGAUUGGAAGAAGAUGGUUAAAGAUUCUGCCUUGGAGCUGGCAAAGAGUGAAGACGACAGAGAAGCCUCUUUUACUAACGAUAAUAAACAAGACCCAGACACCAAUGAUCACCUGAAAGAAAACAAGAUGGCUGACUCCUGGUCAAAAAUGUCAGAUGAAGAGAUAUUAACAUGGAUGACAAAGAGACUUGAAGCCAAACACCAACCUGCACAGAAACUGCCUCCAUUGCUAGAGAUUGAGAGAUGUGUGGAUUAUGAGAGAGAUACAGGGGUAGCCAUCAAAGUAAGAGCAGCAUAUGGUUUGCAAGCUGAAAAGUGUUACAGCAUUGUACUGACCCGAAUACUGCCUGGUCCAGUAACAUCUCAACCAACCUUAGAGUCUGGGGAUAGUAGCCCUAGCAGGUUACUCUCAUUCUUGACCAAACAGAUGGACCUGGACAGUCUUAUGAAGGCACCAAGGUGGAAGGACAAGGCCACGGUUUUGCGGCCAGUCUAUGAUGAACAGUCUGUGCUACUGCUUCAAUUCUUCAGCCUUGAGGUGGUUUACAAGGUUGAUCCCUCAGGUCGCAGUAAAGGUGUGGUCCAUGCUCCAAAGGGAAAAGGUCAGCUGACAUUGAAUAACUCCUCCUCGAAAGGCUGGGGAUUGCUUCCAAUCUUUGACAGGAAUUGUGUCAUUCAAGGAACCUUCAUAGUGCCCAUCUUUCAGAAUGUUAAAGACAAGCCAUACCUGAAGGGUUUGAUGGAUUCUCCUAGCCUAGAAUCUUGGAUGAGGGUCUCUGUAGAGAAGAAACUGAUCAAGGUUCACCCUAGUCAUCCCUCGGCCAUCGUCUCCAUCUGGGAUGGUCACUUCUAUCAGGGACAGAAUAUACCCCUACCGAGAAGAGACUAUUUUCUCCACAUUGCUGGUGAUUUCAACAAGUUCUCAGGAACCUCUCAGGAUAAGACUGGCCAUCCCUUGAAUCAGAUCAUCCUUCGAAGCCUGCCCUCAGCAGUCCGUUCAGAAGGAACAAGAAGUGAACGGUACCUCAAAGAAAAGCAGAACUUUGAAGAAUUCAUGCACAACAUUGCUACAGAGUUGGUGGAAGAUGCCCUAUUAACAACUGGACAGGCCCCCUUGAUGGCAGGCUCAUAGGAUGUAGAGAGAUAUCCAACAAGGACCAUUAUCUAGGAAGAGGUUCAUUGACUCUUAUCCUUUAGAUUAAAUUUCUCUCAUGAAAUCUUAAACCAAUUACUUGUCUUUACAAUGAAGUUGAAGUACAAUGAUAUGUCUCUUCUACACUUUCAAAUAUGCACAAUGUAAAUUAAAAACUGGUCUCUUACCCCUAUUUAACAAUAAAAUUAUGUCUCAUUUGUCUCAUCUCCAAACACAAUACAAAGUAACGUUACAAUUAUCUUGAAAUAAGAUUUCAUCAGAAUCUUCAAAUACAUAUACCCAAAAAAGAUAUGUUUAGUAUCAUAUUACAUUUAAGUAUUUCUCAUUUACUAUUCUAAAAACAUAAGGGGGAGAAGCUGAUUUUAACAAACACAGUUAUGUAUUCUAAAAACUGGAACCCAAGAUAAUUUUCUAUAAAUCUGGAAGUGCUUCACAAAGAUAAACCAAUUGCAUGUGGUAGAAGAUGUGUCUACACACUUUGUGAAGCACCCCCCUGGUGUGUGUUUCAUAAAGCUUUUCGUAAGUUAAGAACGACUGAUGAACCUUUCUUACGUGCUGCAUAAUCACCAAUGAACAUUAAUGGUGAAUAUCAUUUACCACAAGAAAGGUUCACCAGUCGUUCUUAAAGUCACUCUUAACUUGCGAACAGCUUUAUGAAACAGGCCCCCAGGUCAGUAAACUGUAACAGGACUCACCGGAUUGACAAAGUAGGAUAUAGGAUGAGAGAUGUUUGGUUAUAGUCAAAGAAAGUUUGAAAUAAUACAAGGAGGUAAUUUUAAGUAUGAGAUGGGAAGAGAAGUGACAUUGUUCACAUUAGUUGAUAAUUAUACUAACUUUUAUAGUUUGUAUGUGUUACCUAUUCAGUAGCUUAUGUAAUGGCCGAUAUAUCUGAUUAGAUCUUAACUUGGUCUGUCAAAAUAUACUCUAUGCAUGUGUGUGCUACAAAAUUCUUUUGAACCGUCCUUGUAAAUUGGUUUGAAGAUUGUUUUAACUUGAAUGAAAUCUACAAAUUUACUUAUUUGCAUGUUUGCUAUUACUUGUUUAUGCUUUGAUAAUUUCUUGUUCAUAUUGGAUAUGAAAGAAAACACCCUUUGUCUAUCUUUUCUACAUACUGUACUGUACAUAACCAAUUUGUAAAUUGUAUUUAUUUCAAGAUGCAAACCUUGAGCAAUAAAUGUUUGGAUGUUCUUAUA